GCUAAAUCUGUUGGAUGUUCUCAGUGGCUCAUUAGGAGAGCUGUAGUAGACUUUUUGAAGACACUGUUAUCCAACUAAAGAACGUCUGCUGAAAAAGAAAGAAAUCAGCAUCAGUUCUUCUAUUCUUUACACCAAGUGUCUUUUCUCUGCAGAGGGAAUAAGCAACUUUUUCUUUCAGCUUAAAAGCCUCAUGGAUCAAAGUCCUUCACAGCCACAUCCUGUAAUUGUCAGUGAAGUGUGGGCGGACAGAGGAGAAAGCAGCAGUAUUUGAGUCAAACGCAGCAGUAGCGGAGCAGAGGGUGAGAGGAGUCAGGUUGUCUGGUCAGCUGAGGUCGACUGAAGCCAUCACUGUAAAGCAUGUGUGCGGCAGCUCUGGAGGAGUACUGUGGGUCCAUUUUUUGGAAUACUUCAUAUCUGGAGCGACCAGACCCAGACCUCCCAGUAUGUGUGGAACAGACAGUUCUUGUCUGGAUACCUCUGGGCUUCCUGUGGCUCUUUGCCCCGUGGCACCUGGUGGCUCUCUUUAGAAGGCCAAAAGUAAACACAAAGCACCUGUCCAAGCUUUACAUCUGCAAACAGCUUGUGGUGUCUCUGUUGUUCCUGACGGCCAUAGCACACCUGGGAGUCACACUAGGAGAAGAUUUUGGUCCAAACAGUGACCAAUCUUCAAAAAAUGCUGGUGUAUACUACGCAAAUCCAGUUUUAUUUGCAGUCACAUGGAUCCUUGUCCUGCUUUGCCAUGAAGGAUUAAGACGGGAAGGAGCAAUAGACUCUGCCUCUAUUUCCCUCUUCUGGUUGCUCCUUGUAGUGUGUGACAUCUUUCCUUUCCAGACCCUCCUACGAGAGGCUCUCAGACUGGGCGAGGUCCGUGAUGUCCCACGUUUCAGCCUUUUCUACAUUUCUUUUGGGCUUGAACUGAUUUCAUUAGUUCUUUCUACUGUGGCUGAUAUCCCCCCAGAAGCUAAAGACUUUAUAAAAGAGAAUCCUGAAGCAGGUAAAAAGGACAAAAAGAAGGAGGAAGAGAACUAUCCCAAUUCAUGGCUCAUUCCCACCCUUUACAAGACCUUUAAAUGGAUUCUGAUUGAAUCUGCCUUCUUCAAACUUGUGCAAGAUGUGUUAACCUUUGUCAGUCCUCAGCUCCUUAAAUUGAUGGUCUCCUUCACUCAGAACAAAUCCAGAUAUGCCUGGGAGGGCUAUUUGUAUGCAGUGUUGCUGAUGGUGGUGGCUCUGCUGCAGUCUCUGACCCUGCAACAGUAUUUCCAGCGCUGCUUUGUGUUGGGCAUGAGGGUUCGCACUGCACUUAUGGCUGCUGUGUACAAAAAGGCAUUAGCGGUGUCCAAUGACGCUCGUAAGGAGUCAACAGUAGGGGAAACGGUGAACCUGAUGUCAGCAGAUGCCCAGCGCUUCAAUGAUGUGACCAACUUUAUCCACCUGCUGUGGUCCUGCCCUCUGCAGAUCGUCAUAUCCAUUGUUUUCCUGUGGCUGGAGUUAGGGCCUUCUGUGUUGGCAGGACUGGGAGUCAUGGUGUUAAUGGUUCCAAUCAAUGGAUUAAAUUCAGAAACAGGUGAGGGCCAGGACGCAGAAGACUUUGAGCUCAUCCCAGGUGGAGAUGAUGCCCAACCUGAUGGUGCUUUGGAGGACACUGUAUCACUUACACUUAAGCGAGAAAACAGCAUCCGCCGCAGUCAGCGCAAUGGCAGUGUCAGAUUAAGAAGAAAUACUUCCGUAAAGAAAUCUGAAAAUGCUGAUGAACCAAAGAAAGGCCAGAAGCUUAUAGAGAAGGAAACUAUGGAAACAGGACAGGUGAAGCUUGCAGUGUUCCUGCAGUACCUGCGAGCCAUGGGCUGGGGAUAUUCUGCCAUAGUUUUCAUGAUUUACUUCAUCCAGAACGCUGCUUUCAUUGGUCAGAAUUUGUGGCUGAGUGACUGGACCGGUGAUUCUGUGGAGUACUACAACAUGACAUACCCUUCCUGGAAGAGGGACACAAGGGUGGGAGUGUUCGGAGCUCUUGGAGUGGCUCAGGGUCUCUUUGUGUUCCUCGGCACACUGCUCCUAGCAAAUGCUUCUGUCGAUGCAUCUCGUAUCCUGCAUUCAAAGCUGCUUAACAACAUCCUGCGAGUUCCCAUGGUUUUCUUUGACACCACACCUAUUGGAAGAGUGGUCAACCGCUUUGCAAAGGUAGCAUUUGUAUUUCACUUUUUUCACUUUUUAAUCAUUCCUUUUCUAGAUUUCAUUAUUUUCUUAUCCUAUGGCUUUUAUGUUUACAAGUACAAGAUGCAAUUAUUUUUUAAUUUCAUUUUUCAAAAUUAAUAGUGGAAGUGGAAUGUUCCC